CGUUAGCAACAGCCCCAUCUAGGCGCUUGUAUUUUCCCGUCAAAACUUGACAGUUUUUAUGUCUGCAAGAGGUUUUCUUGUAUAGUGCGAUAAAGGCAGUGAUAAAAGCUUUCUUCUGAAUUUGAAAAUGACUUUACACAGUUUAAAUCUUGACGCAUUCAUGGAUAGUUUCAACCAACUCGAACAGAAAAUCGCGGCGCUGCAUACCAGAAACUGUCAGUUGGAGAUGAUGCUUGAAGAGGCAGAGGCUCUUAUCAAGUUUCACCUGAACAAGGAGAAAAGUAUAAUUGAGGAAAGAGAUGAUCUGCUUUCAUCUGUCAAAAAUCUCCAACAGAAUAUACAGGAGCAGUGCCACCUGAGAGUGGUAAAUGCUAAACUGAAGAACGAUGUGGCGAUCCUGAGACAGCAGAACGAGAGAGCAGAAAAGGAUCGGCAGGCUGCGGUCCAGCAAGUGCUGGCUGAGAUGAAAGUGGAAGAGGAGAGACACCAGAGGGAGCUGGAUGUGGUCAGGCAGCAGUACAGGAGAGAGCUGGAGCAGGCACACAUAGACCUGUGUAAUCAGUUGGAAGCUAAAAAUGCAGAGAUGCAGUCAGUAUUGGAGAAGAAUGCCUCUGAUCUGCAGGACAUGCAGAAGAAGAUCGCAGAGCAGGAGAGAGAAAAGCAAAGUGAAGUCUUGAAACUGCAGCUGGAGUUUAGUGCAAAGCUGGCUCGGAUGCAGAACACAGCUCAGUGGACCAAACAGCAGCACAAACAACAAAUGUGCAAUCCCAUUCCACUGAGUGUCUACAAGAAGAAACUGAACUUCAUCCAAGAGGAGAAGAACCGAGAAAUUGCUGCUCUGCGUCAGAGAAUCACAGAGCUGGAAGAGCUUCUGGGUGAUGUACAUGAUCCCCAUCCAAAGAAGAAAAAACUUUAGUUACUUAAGGUUUUUAUUAUUAGG